AUGCGAGCGGUGCAUUUCUACGCAAAAGAAGAUAUUCGAUUGACUCACGGUGUCGAAGAUCCUGUUCCUUUGGAAGGGCAAGUGCGAAUACGGCCGGCGUUGGCAUUUGUGGAACAGUACAGCAGAGGCGCUACCUUGAUUCCUCAACACGAACACCCUCUAACUGGACGGUGUGCGCCAUUGACCAUCGGCCAUGAGAUCAGUGGCGUGGUAGAUGAUGUAGGCCCUGGCGUCUGCGAGCUUCAAGCUGGAGAUCAUGUAGCGAUCCAGCCCAUCCUCUCGGAUGGCACAUGCUAUGCAUGCCAGCAGAACCGACCAAAUUGCUGUGCCAAGCAGGGGUUCAACGGUCUGAGUACCGAUGGUGGCCUCGCAGAUUUCCUCGUCGUUGAAGCACAGAAUGCAAGAAAGGUACCGCCAAACGUACCAUUGGCAGUCGCCGCACUGGUGGAGCCUCUCUCAGUGGCCUGGCACGCAGUCAAGUGCAGCGUCAGCAAGGAGGAUACUUCAGCCUUGGUCGUUGGAGCUGGACGUAUUGGCCUUUGCAUGAUACAAGCACUGAAGGCUCACAAUGUACACAAUAUCAUCGCUGCCGACACCAAUCUGACCCGUCGAUACGCCGCGAUCAGAGCUGGAGCCCACCACUUUGUUAAUCCUCUGGAGGGCAGCUUAGAGCAAACAUGUGCCCAACUCUGUGCCGAAAGCAACGGCGUACACGUUGCAUCCGACACUGCGGGUAAGCAGGUGACCUUGGACCAGUGCGUCGGCGCUCUCUGCGUUGGAGGAACGGUGGUGAAUGUCGCGGUAUGGGGUGGAGCUGCAAGGAUCGUGCCCAACGCGUUCUUGCUCAGCGAGAAACGGUAUAUGGGUACUUCGGUGUACACCAGGGAGGAUUUUGAUGAGGUGAUUCAGGCCGUUGCAUCAGGUCUGAUGGACCCGGAGUUCCUGAUUACAUCCCGCAUUGCCAUGUCGGAAGUGGUUUCUCAUGGCAUCCUCAAGCUUUUGCACAAUCCGGGCUCAGACCUCAAGAUCCUGGUGGAUAUGCCCAAGGAGGCGUGUGUCAAGGGGUGA